AUGUCACGUGGGCGUUUUGAGGCAAUCCUGUGGUCACUUCAUCUCAGCAACCCUGAUGAAGAUGAAGAAAAUGAAAAAAAGAAGAACACUGACGAAUAUGACCGUCUCUUCAAAAUAAAGCCUCUCUACAGUGAGCUGGUGGAGGCCUGCAAAGCCCAUUUCCAUCCAUAUCAAAAUCUCUCCAUCGACGAGCGCAUGGUUGCUUCCAAAGCCAGGAUCAGCAUGAAACAAUACAUGAAGAACAAGCCCACAAAGUGGGGCUAUAAGCUGUUUGUUCUUGCAGAUUCUUCCACAGCCUACACGUGGAACUUUUUUGUCUACACAGGCAAGAGUGUGUCCACCACAGGUCCGGGUCUGAGUUACACAGCAGUCAUGGACCUGUUGCCUUUUCCAUUGCUCGGUGGAGGCUACACUGUGUAUAUGGAUCAUUUUUACACAAGCCCUGCCCUGGUCCAGGAUUUGGCGAAGAAGUUCAUCGGCUGUUGUGGAACCAUCAGGAGUAAUAGAGUAGGUUUCCUUCAGACCCAGGCGAAUGACCUGCCUAAGAAAGCUGAGAGGGGAGAUCUGCGUUGGAUACGGCGCAGCAACCUCCUCUUUGUGAAAUGGAUGGAUACACGGGAAGUGACCCUGUGCUCGUCGGUGCAUGAGGCCUUCACUGGGCAGACGGUCAGGAGGCGGGUGAAGAAGGCUGGUGUGUGGCAGGUGAAGUGUGUACCUGUCCCCGACGCUGUAGUGGACUACAACCGCAACAUGGGAGGUGUGGACCUAUCGGAUGCACUGAUAGGCUACUACAGCAUCCUCCACAAGACCAUGAAAUGGUAUAAAACUUUUUUUUAUCAUUUUGUGGACAUUGCAGUAGUGAACAGCUUCCUGCUACACAAGGAGCUGCUGAAGUUGCGGAACCCCACCCAGACAAAGCCGCACACCCAAAAGACCUUCAGAGAGCAGCUGCUGAAAGAGAUGUUGGAGUUUGCUGAAAGCUCAGCAGCUUCUCCACAGCCUGCCUCUACCCACAGCACAUGCAUGCCCCUCUACUAUGCAAGUGAGGACUCUGACAGAGUUAGAAAACACUGCAAGAGGUGCUUCGAUGCUGGGAUGCCGAGGGUGAAGACGGCUGCCUAUUGUAGAAAAUGUCAGGUCCCACUGUGUCUCAGUGCAAAAAAGAACUGUUUCCAGCUCUGGCACGACAACCAGUAG